AUGUGGUUCCGUAAUGCCCUCGUCCUGACUGCCCUGGCCACCCUCGGCCUAGGUGCUGCUGUGCCUGCUUCCGGUCUCGAGGUAGCCUCGAGCACCGGCGCCACCGAGUACGAUGCCAUCAUCGUCGGCGGCGGUCCUGCCGGUCUUUCGGCCCUCAGCGGCCUGGCCCGUGUCCGCCGUAAUGUGCUGCUGAUCGACUCGGGCGUGUACCGCAACGACCCCACGCGACAGAUGCACGAUGUCCUCGGAUUUGAUGGCGUCCGCCCAGCCUACUUCCGCUACGCCGCUCGCCAGCAGAUCGCUCACUACAAGACGGUCUCCAUGGUCAACGCGACAGUCACCAAGAUUGAGCCGCAGAACAACAACACACUCUUCGAAGUCCUGACCGAUGACCCCACAGGCGCCUCCAAGACCUACCGCGCCCGCAAGAUUGUUCUGGCCACCGGCAUGCGGGACAUCCUCCCCGCGACGCCCGGCAUUAGGGAGGCCUGGGGCAAGGGCAUCUACUGGUGCCCCUGGUGCGACGGCCACGAGUACGCAGACCAGCCCCUUGGUCUGUUCGCCCCGCUGGCCGACGUCCCCGGCCUCGUGCGCGAGAUGAUCACCCUCAACGCCGACGUCGUGGCCUUUGUCAACGGCACCGAUACACCCGACGCCCAGGCCGCCACGGAGAAGAAGUUCCCCGACUGGCGCAUCUACCUCGACAUCCACAACGUCACCGUCGACAACCGCACCAUUGAACGCCUCACCCGCCUCAAGGAGGACGCGGACGACCACGACCCCAGCCUGCCGUCCGUCGCCCAUGCCGACCUCUUCAGCGUCGAGUUCCCCGAAGGCAAGCCCGUCGAGCGCGCCGCCUUCCUGUCGAGCUGGCCCUCGGAGCAGGCGUCCGAUGUCGGCGAGGAAAUGGGCGUCACGCUCUACGGCGGCCGUCUUGCCGCCGAUCAGACCAAGGGUCUCGUGACGAACAUCCCUGGCGUCUACGCGAUUGGCGACGCCAACUCGGACAACAUCACCAACGUGCCGCAUGCUCUGUUUUCGGGCAAGAGGACCGCCGUUUUCCUGCAUGUCGCCCUUGAGAGGGAGAACGCGCUCGAGGAGAUCAAGGAGGCCAAGGAAGGGGGUAAGAAGGAGAGGGAUUUGGAGCUUGAGCCGAGGACCGUCUGGGAGGCCAUGAACGGGGAGCCGGGCGAGCCGCUUUUCGCGGGCGAGUACCGGGAGUAG